AUGUACAAGUCGCGCUCACUAAAAGAGGUUGAAACCAGAUACUCCGCGACCGAGCGAGAGGCACUAGCCGUGCGCUGGGCAUGCAGGAAGCUACGAAAGUAUUUGCUCGGUGCACCAAAAUUCCGCAUCGUUACCGACCACCGUCCACUAACCUAUAUGUUCCACAAGUUAUGCGGGGAGCUACCUCCAAGAAUCGAGAACUUUGUUAUGGACGUGCAAGAGUUUGAGUACGAGAUCGUCUACCGUCCGGGGAAGACAUGCAUCGCUGAUUACAUGUCACGACAUCAUGUUGAUCGAGCAGGAUCAAAUCGAGUGUUUGAGAUCGAAGCAGCAGCGGAGAGCGUUGUUGAGAGCGGGUACUGCCACGCCCUUAAUGAACAAGGAACAGUGACGGUGGAGGAUAUUAGGGCUGAAGGAGAAAGAUGCGAAGUCUACCAGAGACUUGUUAAAGCAAUCAAGUCGGGAAUAAGCGACAAUGACGAGGACCUAAAACCUUACAUGGUCCCGGAAAUCAAACACGACUUGAAUGUGGUCAACGGUGUGGUUUGUCGGGGAUCACGUGUUGUCGUCCCUAUCGCUCUACAAAAACGUGUUGUCGAAUUGAGUCACCGCGCACAUCAAGGAAUUAGCAAGGCAAAGCAUUUUCUACGGACAUUCUGCUGGUUCCCUGGGAUGGACAAGGCCGUCGAAAACCAGGUACGAGGAUGCUUACCGUGCCAAGCUGUCCAACCACCAAAUAAGAACCAGCCAGUCAAACCGUCGGAGCUACCAAUUGGCCCAUGGCAGUAUGUGGAAAUGGACUUCCAAGGCCCUUACCCCAACGACGAAUAUAUAUUCAUCAUGAUUGACCGUUACAGUCGAUGGCCGGAGAUGGCAUGGUUCGGAAAUGCAUUUAAUGCGAACACCACAAUCGCAGCCAUGGAGAAGAUAUUCACCAGCAAAGGUGUUCCAGCGGUAUGCCAAUCGGACAAUGGCUCGCCUUUCCAAUCAAAGAGAUGGAACAGUUUGCCCAAAGCAGUGGAUAUCGCCAUCACCACAUUACUCCGGAAUGGCCCAGAGCAAACGGAACAGUUGAGCGAUUUAAUCGGAGUAUGA